GUGGAUCUAGUACAAUUUAUUCUGCAACUUGGAUUGAUGGUAAGCGAAAUUAUAGUUGGGAUAAACCGACUAGAAGAUUAAUAAAGACACGUGAGCAAUUUUGCAAAGUUGCGCUUAAAAAUUUAACUGGAACUCAAAAUGUUUCAUUGGAUUUCUUAGAUGAGAAAUUACGAGAAUGGACAAUGAUUCUCGAUAAAACAACUGAAAAAAAAAAAUUUAAUGAUACUUUUAUUGAAGCAGAUGAAAACGUGCAAAAAUUAGUUCUCGAUGAAGGAACUGAAGAACUUUAUAACGAAAUAAACUUACACCGUUAUGGCAUUGCCAAUGAAUUAUCUGAAUAUGAAUUGUCUGAAUUAAAUACAGUAUUUACACGAGGGCAAAAAGAUUAUCUUGGUUCACUUUUGAGAACGGCUGAAGUCAUUAAAAUACAUCAAGAUAUAGAAGAAGCUAAAAAAUUAAGUUAUGAAGAGUUGAAAAUUAAAAAUGCAUUUUUGAAAGCAGAUGAAAUUAUUUUUUCACGAUCGAAAACUUUGGAACAGCAUCCAGAUUUAAAUUAUACGUCUGAACUUGAAAUAGAUGAGAUUAUUUUUUCACAAUCGAAAAUUUUGAAACAGCAUCCAGAUACAAAUUACACGUCUCGACUUGAAACAGAUGAAAUAAAUACGCAGCUCAACUUAUAA